ACUUUAACCUUAGGUAACAUAAGAAUUGAAGGAUUUGGACGAGUUGACAAAGAUCGGACCCUUAUGGAUGUACACUUUGAGCUGAUAAAUGACCAAACCAAUGCGUCGCAAGUGUUACGACCGGUGUUGGUCACGAAUGAGUCGAUAGUAUCACUGAAAAGGAAAGAAGAAACCACCGUUAAACAGGCAACCGUGAUUACCAGCAGUCCUGUCUUCGGAGACAUUCAAACCGGUAAAAUAUUAACUAGAAUAGUGAUAAAAAAUGGACAGUUUGCAAAGCUGAGCUUUGCACUAAUCCCAUCAGGGAGUCGUCAAUAUAUUGUAUUGCUUUGAAUAGAAUUGCGUUGCGUUGCAUUGUAUUGUAUUGUAUUGCAUUGCUUGUGGUGGUAUGAUGUAAUCUGUAUAACAUUGUAUGACCAUUGGCGUUUGCCCUUAAAACUGAUUCUGAAUCUAUUUAAUCAAGAAUUCUUAAAAUGCAGCGUUUAGCUAUCGAAUUCUGGGUAAACGUUAGGAAGGCACGAACGAAGCAUUGAUAAAAAUUGCUCGAAACGAUAGGCAAAAGCAUUUCUAGGUUUUGGAUUUCUUAGAAACAAGUAGAAAACUUGUCUAGUGCAUCCUUAACUGGAUGGUCACAUAGCGUUGGCGCUAAACAUUUCAUUAAUAUCAUAAUUCAAACAGAAAAACGUUUAAAUUUACUAAAAUGUAGCAGGGAAGUGACGAGUGUUUCGUGUUGUGAGUACACGACCUAAAAAAUAUCAGCAUUCACUGCAAACGUUUGACUUUUUUUGAGCAAUUUUUGAGCAACUUUUUGAGAAAUUACUGGAAACUUUUUUGGGAAAUCUCGAGCAAACUUGUGGAAAGCCCUACUUGCUGAGUAGGUUUUCGUCUCAUUGUUGAUUUUAUUACCACUUUUUGGUAUCCUGAAAACUUUUUAUACUUACUUUAUUAUUGAAAUAAUAUCUUCACAAACUCUUCUGUAAAAAAAUGCGUAAAGUUAACGUGUACUUCUGCUUUAGUUAGAGUUUGCUUCCCUUUACGGAAUAUUAAUUAAGAAAAAGAAAAAUUAAAGCGUUGACUCUGCUUUUUAUAUUAAAAAACAAGUUUUCAAUUCAAUUCAAGCUAUGCAAUUCUUGCCAUUACCAAGAUGCAACGUGGAGACAUAAUUUCUUCCAUUUGGUAUUAAACGACAAAGGAACAGUUACCGGUUAAGUUGUGGGAAAUUGGCCCCUCUGACCUGCUUAUUCAAUCUUUGUUACUAUUGUCAGGUGAAGAUUUCGCCAAGUCAGCUUUGGACUACCACAACAAAUUUCGUCUGAUUCACGAUGCACUGCCGCUAAGGCUCAAUCUAAAUAUGAGCAAAGAAGCUGAGCAAUUUGCAAGGAAACUUGCUCUAAACGGUGCCAAAAACCUUCCCAUGAAACACGAAGAUCAGUUCGUCCUUACAAAAGAAAAUGAGGGCGAAAACAUCGCUGCAGGAGGUAGUCGUGCUGGAGGAUUAACUGCUUAUGGUGCGGUUAAAAACUGGUAAGGAACAAAUAAAUCAUUGAAGAAAAAGACCUUUCAUUAAAGAUAGGUGGAUGGCGCAUUAUAGGAAAAAAUAUUGCCUUCAAUUAUCAAGACCUAGCUUUGUAAUCUGGGGGCGACGCGACCGUGUGAGUUAAGGUUGUUCAAAAUUGGUUCUUGUCUUUUCUGCGGAGUUUUUUCUCGGGUAGCUCACUUUUUGAUCUUUUUCGUCAAAUAAAUAUAUGAAUGAAUAAUUCAUUUUCAAUGCUGUCGGUAUUGAACACACAACACUAAUUUUUGGGAGAUUUUUUAAGAGUUUAUAGGUUUUUCGCACUAAUAUUUAAUCAAGUUCAAUAAUGCAAAUCAUUGAAUUUGCAUUUUUAGCCACGUAACCUAAAUCUAAGAAUGAUUUCCAAGUAGGUAAGUAUUAUAUGUUAUGGGUGAUUUCAAUAGAGACGUACUUAACUUUGAAAGAUCUAAAUUUAGGUACGAUUUGCUUUUAGCCCUUCAAAAAGCUGCUAUCUCAUUCCCACAGUAGAUAAGUCAAGCUCAGCGUGCGUAUGUCGAGAUAAUGAGCACGGGGGAAGUUUGGAGAGCACGAAAGAGGAGUAAGAGUUGUUCGAGGGGCAGCCGAGAGUAACUCUAGCCUCUAGAGUGCUCUCCAAACUUCCCAAGUGCUCAAUAUCUCCAAAUACGCACAGCGGAAGCAUAAACUAAUUGUUUUAUAACAUUAUCGACGAGAUCAAUGCUGUAAAUAACGUAAAAAUUUAUUAUUGUAGCGCGCGCUCAAAGUAAUGGUAUGCGUCUACUUGACCACAUUUUUUUACCUCACAGUUACAUUUUUAUCUUGAAACUGAGUGUAAGUUCAUUCAAGUCGCUUAAGAUAACAUUUAAAAAGAUUGUUAAAUCUAUAUUGAGGUGCCGAAAAACUAUUAAUUCGCCAAAAAAUUAUUUUGGAGGGAAACAACUUUGCGAAGAAUGAUUUCCACACGCCAAGGCAUGAUGGCCAGCAGAGCUAGCGCAGAUGACAAAAACAACAACAACACGCACCUCUUUUACGUACUAUCGGUUGACAAAUUAAAACGUUUUCUCUUAAAUUUACGUUAUUUUUACUUGAAAUAAAAUUUUGUUGUUGCUGUUGUUGUAUAUUGGGGAUUAAACGUGGAAAUCUUUCCUAUCAAGUCACAGUUGAGACCAACAAAUUUUUGUGUUUUCUAACCAUGUAGGUAUAACGAAGUGUGCUUUUAUGACUGGGCAAAAGGAGGCUAUGAACCGCUAGCCAUUCAUUUUAUACAAGUUAUCUGGAAAAAUACCAAAGAACUAGGCAUUGGAAAGGCGAAUACCAUAAAGAACGGCAAACCUUACACGUACAUUGUGGCACGCUACAAACCAAGAAUUGACGAUGACGUUUUCAAAAACAUUGCAAAGGGCAAGUUCAACCAGUUAUACUGCAGAAAUAUUUUGGCAUUUUCCCGUUCAGAAUUAGCCCAGCACAAGACCAACUCGCCGUUGCAAAAGGUGCAGGAGAGAAAAUUUAAUUAUUUCGCAAAUAAAUCCGCAAAGUUUCAGCCACCACUGGAUAGCUCUCGAAAACAGCUCUCAACCGACCCAAUAAAAGAUAAUGUUAAAUUACUUUCAAGGUUUCACCCAAUACAACAACAAUCAAAGCAGACCGUAACAGAUGAAGUCCAAAACGAAAACAAUUACAACUUCCAACAAAACCCAGCGCUAGGGCGCGUUUCAAAAAAUUCAGUCUAUAACACCAACAAUCUGGCUAAUUCUCCUCCCAUGAGGGGUGCUCUCAGAAUAACGUCGAGCAGUUUUGGUCCUGACAAGAAGCGUGGAAGUUAUAAGAGCAGUACGCAGUACAAUAACGUAAACUACAGAAAUAGAAACCUGAACAUCUUAGGAGCUGGACGACUUUAUGAGCGUGGUCCUCAAGAUGACAAACUGAGCUUUUUUGCCGGCAAUUCUUGGGGUGCUGCCAUCAUCAAUCGAUCAAGGCAACCACAGGCUUCGUCUACUGUAAAGCAGGCGGAAAUUUUAGGAAAGUUUUCUGAGAAAAGAAGACCUUAUAACUGGGAAUAUGGACGAGAUAGUGAGAGGUAUCAUUUGAAUGAGAUGGUUCCCUAUCGACUUUUUCCAGCGACGAGUAGUGGAAAGACCGGAAAUAAUGACUAUUAUUACAAAGACUUUUUUUCUGACUAUGACCCCAGGAAGAAGAAUUACGUGCCAAAGCGUUCACAGUGGAAUCUUAUUUCAGGUUAA